AUUUUUUAUUUUGUGUGUAAAGAUGCUGCUUCGCUUGCAUGUGUGACUACGCACCACACGCUUGAUUGGUUCCCUAGGAGUCCAGAACAGGGCAUCAGAUCCCCUGGAGCUGGAGUUAUAGGCUGUAGUGAGCCGCCAUGUGGGUGCUGAGAACUCAAUCUGGGUCCUCUGGAGGAGCACCCAGCACUUUUGACUACUGAGCUAGCUCUCCCAGCCCACAUUUUAGCCUUUGAUAAGCAUAAACACAGCACUGCUUAAUCUCUUUCUCCCUGAGUUACAAAUCUUUUGACUUUCUGAUCAUACCUUUUGCACAGUCCUUAAAACCAAGCUCCUUUUAAACCUUGAAGUUGGCCUGAGGCUGGCCAGGGCCAGUGAGAUUAAGGAAGGACUGCUCUUUGGCUGGUCUUUCAUUUCUCCCAGUUCUGCAGGAAAAGCGGCCUCAUCCUCAUCAUGGCUCUCCUUCCAAUUCUCCGUCUUCCCGCAGGGCUGGCGGCAGGCAUCUGAGGGAAGCUGGACAACCCCGUUUGUUUUCCUUGCAGCAGCUUGCUCACCAGCUCGCUCCUCAACUCACCUUGACGUUCUUCAGGGCUUUCCAUGUCGUUUGCCUGUAUUUGAUUCUUGUAGAAAAGGGAAGGUCUCUGCUGGAGUACUGCUCUGGAAGCUGGCUCAAAUCUCCGCCUUUUCCUCUUCUGCCUCUUGCUGGUUCAAAACUUGGUCUGGCUGGUGUUGUCGUUUUUUUUUUAUUUCAGGCUGGGACCCAUUCCAGCAACUUUAGAGGCCCAUCCAUCCACACACCGUUGGUUGACACUUUUAGCUCACGGAAACGUCUGCAGCAUUUUAGCAUUUAAAAAAUCUCCACUCCCCGGUGUACGGAGGUCAGGGGACAACUUGCAGGAGUUGGUUCUCUCCACGAUGUGACUCCCAGGGAUGGAACUCUGAUCAUUAGGUUUGGCAUCAAGUGCCUUGAUCCGCUGAGCCAUCUCGCCAGACCUCAGUUUAUCAUUUUUAAGUGCACAACUCGGUGACAUGUGAUGUAUUCAGAAUGCCGCCUACUCCUUCUGAAAACAAUCAGAACUUUGGAGUGAUUGAUGUUUUUAAUUUCGGGUGAGAUACACUCACCAUGGUGGCAUCCUGGCCUGCUCACGAACAUCUCGAGCACUUAGCACUCACAGAUGCCUGUCGCAUGACGGAAUGUCGCCUCCCUGGCUAACUCCUGUUGCAACCUCAGAUCCAAGAGACACCGUUCAAUUCACCAGGCUGGGGAGUCAUCGGAAGUCGGACGCUGGUGGCCCGGCAGGGAAAGAAUUGGAGCGAUGCCAGCGGCAGGCGGACGAAGUGACGGAAAUCAUGCUCAACAAUUUUAACAAGGUCCUGGAGCGUGACCACAAGCUGGCAGAGCUGGAGCAGCGCUCAGACCAGCUCCUGGACAUGAGUUCGGCCUUCAGCAAGACAACCAAGACUCUAGCCCAGAAGAAGCGCUGGGAGAACGUCCGGUGCCGGAUCUACUUGGGGCUGGCGGUGGCUGGCGGCCUGCUCGUCAUCCUGAUUGUGCUGCUGGUCAUCUUUCUUCCAAGGAGUGGUGGGAACAGUAGUAAUCCCUAGGCCUAGGAUACAGGCAUUGCCUUAGGGACUGGGGACUGACCCAGCCAGGCCCGGAGGAGAGGCUGGACGACUGUACUGGCCUGUUCUGGUCUCCAGAGAGUCCUGGUGUUUGCUUCUGUCUCGGCCACCCCGGAGAGUACUGAAGGGCAUCCUGGACAUGUGCACCUCGCAUCUCCCAUCAUGCCAUGGACUGGCCCUUGAGGGCAGCCUGCUGCUGCACUGGCCCUGCUAGGCGACACACUGGAGCUCAGUAAAAGCAGCUGUUUGGUUAAAA